AUGGCUUGCAGUUCACAAAAGCGCUAUGCCCAGGAGGAACAGCUGAAGGAAGAGGAGGAAAUAAAAGAAGAAGAGGAGGAAGAGGAGGACAGCCGUUCGGUAGCUCAGUUUCAGGGCAGCAAUGACCCAGGGACAGACGAGGAGCUAGAAACGGGCCCGGAGCAGAAGGGCUGCUUCAGCUACCAGAACUCUCCCGGGAGCCACUUGUCCAACCAGGAUGCGGAGAACGAGUCUCUGCUGAGCGAUGCCAGCGAUCAGGUGUCGGACGCCAAGAGCGUCUGCGGUCGGGAUGCCUUGGACCAGAAAGCCGGCGUGCACCCCAAGCUGCCCAACGAAAGCCACAACUGCAUGGAUAAAAUGACCGCCGUCUACGCCAACAUCCUGUCGGAUUCCUACUGGUCGGGCCUGGGCCUCGGCUUCAAGCUGUCCAGCGGCGAGCGGCGCAGUUGCGACACCCGCAAUGGCAGCAGCAAGACGGAUUUCGACUGGCACCAGGACGCGCUGUCCAAGAGCCUCCAGCAGAACUUGCCGUCCCGGUCGGUGGGGAAGCCCAGCCUGUUCAGCUCCGUGCAGCUGUACCGCCAGAGCAGCAAGAUGUGCGGGACGGUGUUCACCGGGGCCAGCCGGUUCCGCUGCCGACAGUGCAGCGCCGCCUACGACACGCUGGUCGAGCUGACCGUGCACAUGAACGAGACGGGCCACUACCAAGACGACAACCGCAAGAAGGACAAGCUGCGCCCCGCCAGCUACUCGAAGCCCCGGAAGCGGGCUUUCCAGGAUAUGGACAAGGAGGACGCCCAGAAGGUUCUCAAGUGCAUGUUUUGUGGCGACUCGUUCGAUUCCCUCCAAGACCUGAGCGUCCACAUGAUAAAAACAAAACAUUACCAAAAAGUGCCUUUGAAGGAGCCAGUCCCAACCAUUUCCUCGAAAAUGGUCACUCCGGCCAAGAAACGCGUCUUCGACGUCAACCGGCCGUGUUCCCCUGAUUCGACCACGGGCUCGCUGGCGGACCCGUUCUCCUCCCAGAAGCCCGCCGGCCUGCAGCUCUCCUCCAACAACCGCUACGGCUACCAGAACGGCGCCAGCUACACGUGGCAGUUCGAGGCCUGCAAGUCCCAGAUCCUCAAGUGCAUGGAGUGCGGGAGCUCACACGACACCCUGCAGCAGCUCACCACCCACAUGAUGGUCACCGGCCACUUCCUUAAGGUCACCAGCUCGGCCUCCAAGAAGGGCAAGCAGCUGGUGCUGGACCCCCUGGCCGUGGAGAAGAUGCAGUCGCUGUCCGACACCCCGAGCAGUGACUCGCUCGCUCCCAAGCCUUUGGGUAACUCUGCUUCCGAGGGGGCAGCCCCAACCCCCGAGCUGAAGAAAGAGGGCAAGAAGGAGAAACCGGAGGAGAGCAAUAAGGAUGAGAAAGGCAUGAAACGGGAGGAGUAUGACGAUCCCCUGCAAAAGCCUUUAGACCCCACCGUGAAAUAUCAGUAUCUGAGGGAGGAGGACCUGGAGGACGGCUCCAAGGGCGGAGGGGACAUUCUGAAGUCACUGGAAAAUACCGUCACCACAGCCAUCAACAAGGCCCAGAACGGGGCUCCCAGCUGGAGCGCGUACCCCAGCAUCCACGCAGCCUACCAGCUGGCCGAGGGCGCCAAGCCUGCUCUGCCCCUGGGAUCCCAAGUCCUGCAGAUCCGGCCUAACCUCCCCAACAAGCUGAGGCCCAUUGCCCCCAAGUGGAAAGUGAUGCCGCUGGUCUCCGUGCCCGCCAACCUGGCCCCAUACACCCAAGUGAAGAAGGAGCCGGACGACAAAGAGGAAGCCGCCAAGGAGUGCGGGAAAGAGAGCCCCCAGGAGGAGGCGUCGCCUUUCAGCCACAGCGAUGCGGACGCUUUCGCCAAAAGCGAAACCCCGUCGGAAUCCAAGAAGGCCGAGCCUUGCCUGCUGAAGGAGGAGGCCAGGCUGGGGGAGGAGGGCGGCGAGCCGGAGAAACGCGCGCCCCUGGAGCCCGCGCCCCCUCUCAGCAACGGAUGCGCGCUCCCCCCGCGGGCGCCGGCCCUGCCGUGCAUCAACCCGCUCAGCGCCCUGCAGUCCGUCCUCAACAACCACCUGGGCAAGGCCACGGAACCCCUGCGCUCCCCUUCCUGCUCCAGCCCGAGCUCAAGCACAAUUUCGAUGUUCCACAAGUCGGCUCUCAGCGUCGUGGACAAGCCGGGCCUGAGUCCCGCCCCCACGCGGCCGGCCAGCGUGUCCAGGCGCUACCUGUUCGAGAGCAACGAUCAGCCCAUCGACCUGACCAAGUCCAAGAGCAAGAAAGCCGAGUCCUCGCAAGCACAAUCCUGCACGUCCCCCCCUCAGAAGCACGCUCUGUCUGACAUCGCCGACAUGGUCAAGGUCCUCCCCAAGGCCACCACGCCCAAGCCCGCCGCUUCCUCGCGCGGGCCCCCGGUGAAGCUGGAAAUGGACGUCAGGCGCUUCGAGGACGUCUCCAGCGAGGUGUCCACGUUGCAUAAGAGGAAAGGCCGGCAGUCCAACUGGAACCCUCAGCAUCUUCUGAUUCUGCAGGCGCAGUUCGCCUCCAGCCUUUUCCAGACGUCCGAGGGCAAGUACCUGCUCUCCGACCUGGGCCCUCAGGAGCGCAUGCAGAUCUCCAAGUUCACCGGGCUCUCCAUGACCACCAUCAGCCACUGGCUGGCCAACGUCAAGUACCAGCUGAGGAAAACGGGCGGGACAAAGUUUCUGAAAAACAUGGACAAGGGACACCCUAUCUUUUAUUGCAGUGACUGUGCCUCCCAGUUCAGAACGCCUUCUACCUACAUCAGUCACUUAGAGUCGCACCUGGGUUUCCAAAUGAAGGACAUGACCCGCGUGGCCGUGGAACAGCAAAGCAAGGCGGAACCAGAGAUCUCCCGGGUGUCGUCGGCUCAGAGGUCUCCGGAAACCAUAGCUGGCGAAGAGGACACAGACUCUAAAUUCAAGUGUAAGUUGUGCUGUCGGACAUUUGUGAGCAAACACGCGGUAAAACUCCACCUAAGCAAAACGCACAGCAAGUCACCCGAGCACCAUUCACAGUUUGUAACGGACGUGGAUGAAGAGUAGCUCUGCAGGAUAAAUGCCUUAGUUUCAACUUUCCAGCCUGGAUCUCCCUCCCACUGAGUCCUUCUUCGCUGUAUCACCUGCUUCUGACAUUGAACUCCUCCUGACACCCUGCUCUGAGAAGACUGCCAAAAAAAAAAAAAAAAAGAGAGA